CAAGCUUAUUUUUAUUAUUCGAAUUCUCCUUUGCUGUUUUAUUUUUAUUAACGUUUUCAUAACCACUUAAUACCAAAUUAAAUUUUCGUUAACUUUCUUAUUUUGUUUAAAUAAUAUACUUCUUUUUUAUAUCAUGGCUACAGUUGCAAUUAUAGGAGGUGGAAUAAGUGGAUUAUCAUGCGCUUACUAUUUAAAAACAUUGGGCCAUCGGAAAAUACGGUACAUGUUUCUUUUAGAAAAAAACAUGAAAUUCGGUGGUUGGAUUCAAACAACUCGGUUUCCUGAUGGAGCUGUGUUUGAACAUGGACCUAGAACAAUCCGUGUAGGAUCUAAAGCAGGAUAUAAUACCAUAGCAUUGGCUGAAGAACUGAACUUGGCAUCUCGAGUUUUACCAGUAACAAAGAACCAUUCUCUUGCAAAAACUAAUUAUAUUCUGGCAAACAAUGAACUUUACCCUCUUCCAAGAGAUUUUAAGUCAAUGCUGGCUAAAACGCCUCCUUUUCCGAAAACCUUUCUUCUAUAUGGAUUGAAAGAACUGUGGACUAAAAAAUCUGAAAUAGAUGAUGAAUCUGUAUAUAGCUUCGUUGAUCGUAGAGUUGGUAAAGAAAUCGCAGAUUUUGUUUCUGAUCCCUUGUGCCGAGGUAUUGCAGCUGGUGAUGCUCGGGAAUUAAGUGUACGUUCAAUGUUUCCAUCUUUGUAUGAAGGCGAACAGCAGCAUGGUUCGUUCAUUAAAAGUUUGUUAAAAAGUCGGCAUGACCAGCCAAUGUUUGAAUAUAUGUAUAGUGAUUUGGUAAAGAAGUCAUGUAGUGAAAUGUGGAGAAGCUGGACAUUUAAAACAGGUUUGUCAGAGAUAAUUGAUGCUUUAGCUUGCACUAUUGAAGAACGUGGUGGUGACAUUCUCUUCAAUGCUGAAUGUUCCAAAUUGACAUUUAAAGAUAAUAAAGCAUUACUGGAAGUUGAAAAUGAAAAAAUUGAAGUAGAUCAUGUGUUUUCCUGCAUUCCUGCUGAUCAAUUGUCAAAAUUGCUGCACCAGUAUUCAUCAUUGGCUGAGACAUUAAUGUCGAUUUCUUCAGUUGAUGUAGCUGUUGUAUAUUUUGAGUUUGAAAAUAAUGUGUUGAAAAAAAAUGGUUUUGGAUUUUUAUCACCAUCAUUUGAAGACUCUAAAGUUCUUGGAGUAGUUUUUGAUUCUUGUCUCUUUCCUGAAUUGAAUGGUAAAAGUAAGACUCGCUUGACAUGUAUGAUGGGUGGUAGAUGGUUCAGAGAUAUUCUUGGUGAUCCAGAAACAGUAUCAGAGGAACUUAUAUUAAGUAUUGCAUUAAAAGAAGUUCAGAAGCAUCUAGGUAUAAGUCAGUUACCAGUGAGACAUAAAGUUAUUAUUCAACGGAAUUGUAUACCUCAAUAUGUUGUUGGUCAUUACAAGAAGCUUAUUGCAAUCGAUAAUGACAUAAAGAAGCACGAUUUGUGCCUUACUGUUUUGGGUGCCUCAUACGAAGGUGCUGGUGUACCUGAUUGUAUAUAUACUUCAAAGCUUGGUGUACAAAAAUAUUUAGAAACUUUGCAAUAAAAUUAUUUUUAUAUAUUUUUAUCAUGCGUGAAGAUCAUAGCUAGAUAUAGUGUUACAUAUUAUAUUAUUUAAAACUUAACCCUUUACAUUCCCAGUAGUAACAGCACUUUAUGUUGAUCUGGUAGCCAUUGUUUAUAAAAGUGCUAAAUCGAUUUUGUAUCCGUAAGUGUUUAUCAUUUACUCUACAAGGAAUUUGCUUUUUAUAUGCAUAUAGAAAAUAACAAAUUCCAAAAAUAAAUUUAAUUUCAGUGGUU